UGGUCCCAAGAAACAUCUUAAGCGUGUGGCUGCCCCCAAGCAUUGGAUGCUGGACAAACUGACUGGUGUGUUUGCUCCACGCCCAUCCACUGGCCCCCACAAACUGAGAGAAUGCCUCCCACUGAUCAUUUUCUUAAGGAACAGACUUAAGUAUGCCCUGACAGGAGAUGAAGUUAAAAAGAUCUGUAUGCAGCGGUUCAUUAAGAUUGAUGGCAAAGUCCGAACUGAUAUAACAUAUCCUGCUGGUUUUAUGGAUGUUAUCAGCAUUGACAAAACCGGAGAACAUUUCCGUCUGGUCUAUGACACCAAGGGUCGAUUUGCUGUUCAUCGUAUUACACCUGAGGAGGCGAAGUACAAGUUGUGCAAAGUAAGAAAGAUCUUUGUGGGCACGAAAGGAAUCCCCCAUCUGGUGACCCAUGAUGCUCGUACCAUACGCUACCCUGAUCCCCUCAUCAAGGUGAAUGAUACCAUUCAGAUUGAUUUGGAGACUGGAAAGAUUACUGAUUUCAUCAAGUUUGAUACUGGUAACCUGUGUAUGGUGACUGGAGGUGCCAACUUGGGAAGAAUUGGUGUGAUCACUAACAGAGAGAGACAUCCUGGCUCUUUUGAUGUGGUUCAUGUGAAAGAUGCCAAUGGCAACAGCUUUGCCACCCGACUUUCCAACAUUUUCGUUAUUGGCAAGGGCAAUAAACCAUGGAUUUCUCUUCCCCGAGGAAAAGGUAUCCGCCUUACCAUUGCUGAAGAGAGAGAUAAGAGACUGGCUGCCAAGCAGAGCAGUGGGUGAAAUGUUCUCUAGGAGAUGUGAAUGAACAAAUCUUUACAUAAUUAAAGAUAUU